AUGGACGACCCAGAGAGGAUUGCACGCGACGCAGCUGCCUGUAUGCUGCGGAAUAACGCCUCAAAACCACCGUCUGGGUUAUACUGCGAAGGUACAUUCGAUACUUGGCUGUGUUGGCCCCCCACUGCAGCGAACAGCACUGCGUACGAGCACUGCCCCGAGUUUGUUCACGGCUUCAGUCCUGAACUGUUCGCGCAUAAAGAAUGUACAGAAAAUGGGACAUGGUUUCAGCAUCCCCUCACAGGAUUACCCUGGUCCAAUUACACAACGUGCGUAAAGCCAGAAGAUGACGUCAGUGAAAUCAUCGCAGUAUACGAGAUGGGCUACAGCGUGUCCCUCGUGGCUUUAGUGCUCUCCCUAGGAAUACUCUUCUACUUCAAAAGUCUACGUUGUGCACGCAUAACGGUGCACAUGAACCUGUUCGCGUCGUUCGCCGCUAACAACGCGCUGUGGCUCACGUGGUACGGACUUGUGAUGCGCUCGCCGGAUACCCUCAGCGAAUCACCGGUGUGGUGUCGCAUUCUCAACACGGUUCUCCAGUAUGUGCUGCUCACUAACUACACGUGGAUGCUGUGCGAGGGGCUGUACCUUCAUACGGUGCUCGUCAGUACCUUCAUCUCGGAACGUCGGUUGGUGCGCGCUCUGAUGGCGGCCGGGUGGCUGCUGCCCGCACCGCCGGCGAUAAUAUACGCCGCACGGCGGGCAGCGGCCGACGAACAGCUGUGCUGGCUGGACGAAGGCCCACCGCGGCUCGAGCUGGCCGUGCUGGUGUGCGUCGCCGUAGUGCUCAACCUCGGCUUCCUGUGCAACAUCGUCCGCGUGCUGUGCACCAAGCUACGCGCAGGGGGCGCUGCAGGUGGGGCGGCGCGCCCUUCCGCCACCGCCCUGCACGCGUUGCGCGCCACCUGCCUCCUGGCGCCAUUGCUCGGAUUGCAGUACAUACUGACGCCCUUCCGGCCCGAUAGAACGGCCAGUUGGUGGCUCGUCUACGAAUACGUGUCGGCGCUCACUACCUCGCUGCAGGGCCUGUGCGUUGCCGUGCUCUACUGUUUUUGCAACGGCGAGGUUCUCGCGCAGCUGCGGAGGCGUUGGCGCGUACUGACCUUUCGCCCCCGUGCCAACUCGACAACUAACACCACCGUGUCAUUUGUGCGGUCCGCUGCAGCCGGUGCGGGCGAGGAUAAAGUG